UAUUUUUUCUAUAAAUAAUAUAAAUGUGGGAUGAAAUUUUUGAGAAAUAAUUUUGUCACGAAAGAUUACUAUUAAUAAGUUAUUACUAUUGGUUGUUAAAUGCAGCUCCCUUUUACAACCGCAUUCUUAGGGUUUUAUAGACUAUCGAUAGUCUCACUUAUGAUUGAACACAAAAUAUGGUUUGAAAGAAAUAUAACAUUUCCAACACUUCUAUACAGAUAAAAAAAUCAUAAGAGUGGACAUGUGCGUUUAAUCUUAGGACAAUGACAAUAAACAAAGAGAUAUGUGAAUAAUCAUAAAUUGUUCAUAUGUUAUAUAUACGUACAUAUUAUAUUUUAUCACUCAGCGUAUAUUUUAAAAAAAUAGCAUAAAUUUCGCUAGAUUUGGUUUGCCACAGUGUGUUCGCUGGAAAGUUUAGUUUUAUUUCAUACCUAAUUAAGCAUAAACUUAGUUUAGCUUCACAUUGAACAUGUUAAUUAUGCAUUAUUAGUGCUUAUUACAUUUGUAAUAAUAUCACAAUUAUCUUUUUGAAAAAGCGAAAAGUCUUAUAUAUGCUACUGUAUAUAAUUCAUAGUUAUUUGAAACGAUUUACUUGAUUCACACAUUGAAAAAAGCUUCAACAUCACAGAUGUAGAAAAUAACAAACAGAUGUAGCCUUAUAUUAACUGUGAUUAAUUAUACGUUGCGUAUUGUGUAUGCUAUUUUUAUGAAAUCUUUUUGUAAUGCUUUAUACAUCAGUUUUUCACGUGUUAAUAAAAUUGCUAAUUUAAUUAUAUGCAAUCACGGUAUACAUAUUUUUAUUUUAUAAAGAUUUAAACAAUUGAACACAACGAAAGAAUAUCAAAAAAUGACAGGAGCACUCGAUUUCAAAAAGAGUGUUUUAAAAUAUAUAAGAAAUCGUGUUAAGCUUGUAAUAUAUGAUUACAUUAUUUAAAAAGAAAUGGAUGAAAAGGAGGCUGAUCCAUUUCUGGUACAAAAUCCUGAAACAAGCCAGAAAAGUGAAGGAACCUUAAAAAAGAAAAUAACUAUUAUUGUGGAUGAGGAUGAUCCAUGUCUUAAACAAGAUAAAAUAUCAGAGGAGAAAAUACCGUAUGAUUUUCGAUAUAAUCCGGGUAACGAUCCAAGAUUUCAACAGCAAAAUCAGACACAACGAUGCUUCGUUAUGUAUACUGAUUUUUAUCGAUGCGAGAGUAUCUUAGGCGAAGAUUCCGAAGCUUGCACGUGGUUUAAGGAUGUUUUUACGUCUAUCUGUCCAAAUGCUUGGGUGCAACAUUGGGAUGAACUUAGACUUACAGGCAGAUUACCUUGGCAUAAAUACAAAACACAAGGUGCUUUUCCUGGUAAUAAGUAUGGCGAAUAA